AUAUUCACUCAACUAAACUUUUAUGCACAAAACUCCACUCACAAGAAUAUAUACUCUUGUAUAGGAGUACAAGUGUAAGAACUUUUACCCAAUUUCCACACUAAAAGAAAUUGCCCUAAAAUCUGAAGAUGGGGGAAAUUGAUCUCUCUGCAGAUGAUGCCCACCAACUGUUCGACAGAAUGCAAAUGCUAAAAGCCUUCGACGAAACAGAAGCCGGCGUCAAAGGGCUAACAGAUUCCGGCCUGCUCAAAAUUCCCACCAUUUUUGUACGGCCACCCGAUGAACUGGCUGAAGAAUCAACAUACAAAAAGACUCAAAUUCAAGUUCCGGUGAUUGAUCUGAGCGAAAUCAAGAAUUCAGACAGGCGGAAAACCAUUGUUGAAGGAGUAAGAAUUGCGGCAGAAACAUGGGGGUUUUUCCAGGUGGUGAAUCAUGGGAUUCCUCGAACUGUUCUUGAUGGGAUGAUCGAUGGAAUUCGUGAAUUUAACGAGCAAAAUAUCGAGGAGAAGAAAAAGUAUUACACGAGGGAUGUAAAAAGAAUGGUGAGAUAUCACAGUAAUUUUGAUUUGUUCUCUUCGAAAACUGCUAACUGGAGGGAUACCUUAAGCAUCUCGAUUUCCGACCAGAUUCAUCCCCAAGAAUUGCCGGCUUCUUGCAGGGAACGCACAUUGGAGUAUUCGAAGCAUGUCUCGAUUUUGGGAAACACACUACUCGAGCCACUCUCCGAAGCCCUCGGACUAAAAUCCGAUCACCUAAAUAAAAUAUUGGAAUGCUCAAAGGGGCAUCGUAUUAGCUCUCACUACUAUCCACCAUGCCCCGAGCCGGACCUAACUCUCGGGACAACUCAGCAUUCCGAUCCUGGUUUUCUUACAAUCCUUCUCCAAAAUGAAAUCGGUGGAUUACAAGUUUUGUAUCAAGAUCAAUGGGUUGAUAUCGAACCCUCUCUUGGGGGUUUGGUUAUAAACAUUGCAGAUCUUCUCCAGUUGGUGUCGAAUGGGAAAUUUCUGAGCAAUAAGCACCGAGUGGUGGCUAACAGAAUCGGACCAAGAAUUUCGGUGGCAUGUUUUUUUUCUGGACCUGUUCGUGAAGUUAAGGUUUAUGGACCAAUUAAGGAGUUGAUUUCAGACGAAAAUCCUGCCAAGUAUAGAGAUGUAAUAUUGAGUGAUUAUUUGCUCAAGUUUCUGAACACUGGACUUGAUGAGAAUCUUGGUCUUGAUUACUACAAGUUGUGAAGAUUAUGGUAAUGGCCCAAGAAAUACAUUUCUUGGGUGGUACUGAAUACUCGAUAUAAUUCGGUCCUUGUACGACUUCGGUAUCGUUCAGUUACAUAAAUUGGAUUAAUUUGAACUAUAGUAACUACUUAUUAGUUAGUAAGCUGAACGAUUACUUAGAUUGGAUCUUGUAUUGAAUUUGUGAUUUUUUUUGGUAUUAUAUGUGAUUUAUCCGGAAAAAUAUCUUGCUUGAUGAAGGUAAAAUAUUAAUAGAAGUAAUUUUUUUUUUAC